AUGGACCAAGAAUGUCUCGACGAACUACAGACCAAGUGCUUUGACUCUGAGCUUGGGUGUUUCGACGACCCUGAGAGAUAUAGCCUCGACUUGUAUGUCAGAGUUGUGGAAAGUCUCCCACGGCUUAUGGGCACAUCAAAAUCCGCAACGAGAAUUAGGAUGGAUCUCGAUGCGGAUCCGAAAUUCUUGCGAGCUGGCACUUCGUCGGGCUCGCGAGAGAGAACAUCGCUCCUUCCUUGUAUGAUUUUGCCGCUGCCCACCGCCCCACAACCACGGGUCGUUAUGCAUUACACUCGUAACCUCGCUGGGCCACAACUCAUUCCUAUUGAUAUUUCCUCUCGUCCCAAGCCCAGUGUCCCUGUGUCAGCAGGCUUCGUCCACGAGCUCGUCGUCCAGUUGGAAACGAAGCAAGAGUCCCGUCGGCUCCAACCUCUCUCUAGAAGCAAAUCGGCCAGAGCUCUCGCUGUAGGGAACCCUACACAGCUCCGCAUUGACGUUGUCCGCGGACCAAAGGCCUGGUCAAAAUCAGAGUCGGACUCACAGUCCCAGGAAUUGGCACUGCUCCGUAGAGUCGAAAAGGAAAAGGCCAUCCUUUCGGAGCUAACACUUGAGACCCUCCCAGUCCUGCUUGAUUCGUUUUAUGCGUUCAGCCAAUCCCCACGAAUCUGGAGGCUUACCAACAGCGCCGAGGACAUGUCCCCGCUAGGCUCUCCCAUGUUCUCAGCUUCUUCUGUUACUCUGGCAGCCGACUCGGCUGCAGACUCUCGCCAGAAGCGGCCUGUAUGGUGGAACCUCCCAAACCAUUCGCAAGGGUUUUCUCCGUCUUCUUCAAUGUUCCCAGAACCUUCGGCUACUCUUGAAGACAAAUUCAUACCUGAUAUUGAAAGACCUAUCAGCCCGCGUAGUCAGAGUCCCCUUGCAAUGGCCACUGCCCCGGCUACUCCCAGAUUAAGAAGACCUGAGCUGUCGGAGAUAUCCACCGAUGGUCAUAUUGACAAUUUUAAAGACCCAAUCUACCCUAAAUCCGAUUCCAACCCAGUUCCUGACCCAGUCUCAACUGCUGGCAAUGUCGCCGGUGACCUUGGUGACUUGGAAGCACCACCCAGUGGACUUCCUGUACUUGCGCCCCUUCCUGACGGUGUCGUCCCCGACCUCCCAAGCGGGCUUGCGAUGCCAGUCGACAUAACCGGCACCCUAGAUCCGCCUCCGCUACCCAAGCUCAGUAAGAAGCAGAAGUGUCUGAACAGGGGCAAGAAAGCAAUCCGGAAAGGCCAGAAGUGUGUCCGCAAAUGCAGGGGAGGGGUUUUGAGGGAACCAGUGCUCGCGGUGGUCCUCGGGCGGCAACUAGCCAAGCCCACCGCAAAAGCCCUGAAGCUCCUGGCCAACGAUAUCCCCAUUGAACCCGUAGAAAUCACGUCGGCUGUAGUACCAGAGGCAGCCACGUCGGGUCUAGUGCCACUGCCACUGCCGGUGUGA